GAUGAUUGGACGAAGACCGGAAGACGUCCGGAAGUUCCCUAGAGGGCCGUGGGACGGCCGAAGGGAGUUCCACACGUGGAUCGCUGCUGGCUCCGAACGAUGGAGACGGUCCCCAAGCCGGGUAGGGGUGUCCCACCCAGGAAGGACAAACCCCAGGCCAAGAUGAAGAAACCGCGGCGCUACUGGGAGGAGGAGACCACCGCGCCCGCCGCCGGCGCCUCUCCGGGGCCGCCAAGGAAGAAGGCGAGGGUUCGGGAGCCGCGGCCUCAGAGGCCCGGGGGCGCGCGCGUCGCCAGGACGCCUCGGCUCGCCCGGGGCGCCCCGGAGCGGAGGAAGCCGCCGAGGACCCUGUCUGGGGCCCAGGACCCGUUCCCAGGACCCGCCCCCGCCCCCGUGGAGGUGGCCCGCAAGUUCUGUCGCAUCGACAAGUCCGCAAAGCUCCUGCGUUCGAAGCCUAAAACCCGAAGCAAACUGGAGACGACCGAAGCGCAGGAGCAGGAGGCGAGCGUCAGAGCUGCCCGAGCGGAGCUGCUGCUCGCGGAGGAACCUGGGUUUCUGGAAGGAGAGGAUGGGGAAGACACGGCAAAGAUACUGCAGACGGACAUCGUGGAGGCUGUGGACAUUGCUAGUGCUGCCAAGCACUUUGACCUGAGUCUGAGGCAGUUUGGACCCUACAGACUGAACUACUCUCGGACAGGCAGACACCUGGCUUUAGGAGGGCGUCGGGGUCACGUGGCUGCCCUCGACUGGGUGACAAAGAAGCUCAUGUGUGAGAUCAACGUCAUGGAGGCAGUGCGGGACGUCCACUUUCUCCAUUCUGAGACGCUGCUCGCCGUCGCCCAGAACCGCUGGCUUUAUAUCUACGACAACCAGGGCAUCGAGCUCCACUGCAUCCGCCGCUGUGACCGUGUAACUCGCCUUGAAUUCCUGCCCUUCCAUUUCCUCCUGGCCACCGCUUCAGAGACAGGGUUUUUGACCUACCUGGACGUGUCAGUUGGGAAGAUUGUGACAGCUCUGAAUGCGCGUGCUGGACGACUCAGUGUCAUGGCUCAGAACCCCUAUAAUGCCGUUAUCCAUCUCGGACACAGCAAUGGCACCGUGUCCUUAUGGAGCCCAGCUGUGAAGGAGCCACUGGCGAAGAUUCUGUGUCACCGUGGUGGUGUGCGGGCUGUGGCGGUAGAUUCCACAGGCACGUACAUGGCCACCUCUGGGCUGGACCACCAGCUGAAGAUCUUUGACUUGCGAGGGACAUUCCAGCCCCUGAGUGCCCGGACCCUGCCCCUGGGAGCAGGGCAUCUGGCUUUUUCCCAGCGUGGACUCUUAGCAGCAGGAAUGGGCGAUGUCGUCAACAUAUGGGCAGGGCAGGGCAAGGCCAGCCCGCCCACCCUGGAGCAGCCCUACCUCACUCAUCGACUGUCAGGCCACGUGCAUGGACUCCAGUUCUGCCCCUUUGAAGACGUGUUGGGGGUGGGGCACAGCGGAGGCAUCACCAGCAUGCUUGUCCCUGGGGCUGCUGAGCCCAACUUCGAUGGUUUGGAGAACAACCCGUACAGGAGCCGCAAGCAGCGCCAGGAAUGGGAGGUGAAGGCUCUGCUGGAGAAGGUGCCUGCAGAGCUCAUCUGUUUGGACCCCCGAGCCCUGGCGGAGGUGGAUGUGGUCAGCCUGGAGCAGCAGAGGAAGGAGCGGGUAGAGAGACUGGGCUAUGACCCCGAUGCCAAGGCUGCCUUCCAGCCUAAGGCAAAGCAGAAGGGACGGAGUUCCUCAGCUAGCCUGGUGAAGAGGAAGAAGAAGGUCAUGGACCAGGAGCACAGGGUACGCAAGCGGGGGCCCACAUGUCAGCCUGACAAAGUCCGGCAGAGCCUUGAGCAGCAGCAGAAGCAGCAGAAGGCAGCGCCGGCCAAGCACACUGGAGCCCGCCCAUCUGCACUGGAUAGAUUUGUACGAUGA